AUUUUAAUUAUCAUAAGAAACGUCCAUGGAUAUUCUUAUACAAGGUCUGCAAUCUUUGCCCAUAGGUACACUUUUCUUCAUUUCCUCUUUACUAUUAUUUUUGUUGGGACUAGUUUUCCGGAGUAGAGGAAGGAAACCCUUCCCACCGGGACCAAAAGGUUUGCCGAUAAUCGGCAACAUGACCAUGAUGGACCAAUUAAACUGCCGCGGACUUGCUAAACUCGCUAAGCAAUAUGGCGGUAUCUUUCACCUCCGGAUGGGCUACUUGCACAUAAUGGUUGUUUCAUCACCGGACGUGGCUCGUCAAGUCCUUCAGGUGCAUGACAACGUUUUCUCAAACCGCCCAGCAAACAUAGCCACCACCUGUCUCACCUACGACCGAGCCGAUGUGGCUUUCGCUAACUACGGACCCUUCUGGCGCCAGAUGCGCAAGCUCUGCGUCAUGAAGCUAUUCAGCAACAAACGGGCAGAGUCAUGGAACUCAGUCCCAGACCUAGUCGACUCGACCGCCCGAACCGUCGCUGCCAGUGCCGGCACAGAAGUGAACAUCGGUGGGUUAGUAUAUGCGCUCACUAGAAAUAUUGUUUACAGAGCGGCUUUCGGGACAAGUGUUCAGGAAAAGCAGGACGAGUUUUUUAAGAUAUUGCGGGAGUUCUCCAAGCUCUUCGGAGCAUUCAACAUCGCCGAUUUUAUUCCUUGGCUCGGUUGGAUCGACCCACAAGGAGGAGUGUUCAAUAGAAGACUCGCCAAGGCUCGUCAGUCUCUGGAUAGGUUCAUCGACAAGAUCAUCGAUGAUCAUAUUGAAAAGAAAGCAAUGAACAAUAAUAACGGGUCUCAAUCUCAUGCCCACGAUCCUCAAACUGAUAUAGUGGAUGAUUUAAUAGCUAAUUAUGGUGAAGAUGAUGAAGUACUAGAGAAAUUCCAAGACUCCAAAAACUCCAUCAAACUCACGCGAGAGAAUGUCAAAGGCAUUAUCAUGGAUUUGAUGUUUGGUGGAACAGAGACGGUGGGGUCAGCGAUUGAGUGGACAUUGUCGGAGCUUUUGAAAAGCCCCGAAGAUCUAAAGAAAGUACAAAAAGAGCUGGACGAUGUAGUGGGUCUUGAGAGACGACUUGAAGAGGGUGACCUUGAGAAGCUGAUUUACUUAAAAUGUGUAAUCAAAGAGACACUAAGACUUCACCCACCCUUUCCUUUUCUACUGCAUGAAACAUCCGAGGACGCCGAGGUAGCUGGUUACUACGUUCCGAAGAAGUGUCGCAUAAUGAUCAAUGUGUGGGCCAUGGGUAGGGACGCCAAUUACUGGGACGACGCUGAGGCUUUCAAGCCCUCCAGGUUCCUCAAAGAUGUGCGGGACUUGAAAGGGAAUCACUUCGAGUACAUACCAUUCGGGUCGGGUCGGAGGUCAUGUCCAGCCAUGAAGGUGAGUCUUUUUGCACUGGAAUUGGCGGUCGGGCAUUUACUCCAUUGUUUUACGUGGGAGUUGCCUGGUGGAAUGGAAGCCGGUCAACUUGACAUGAAUGCUGUGUUCGGACUCUCUGCUUCCAGGGCGACUAGGCUUGUUGCCGUACCCACUAAGCGCAUCUUAUGUCCUCUUUAAUUAUCCAAUCGUUGAAUUGUCUACCAUUUUAUUGGCUUUUUGUUCUUUCUGUCAUGAUAUUGCAUCGA